CUGGAGCCGGCACGCGACUAUUACUAAAUUCAAGAGUUUCUGGAGGACCCAAAAAUUCUCCUGACCAACCAAAAAGUGUGUAUGCGCGCUCUCGAAGCAAGUCGCUCCUCCUCGCUCAUUUUCAGCCAACCAGCCAAAGUCAGAAAAAAACUCAAAUAACCAGUUCCCAAAGCUCACUUCGCUAUUGACUCAGUCAUUCAGACGCAGCUGAAGUCGGCGAACGGUGAGGAAGCCCCGUUGCUUAGAGUGACCAGAACGAGCACAGCAUCACAUCCAGUCCCUGUUAUCAUGCCUGCGAGUCAGAAUACGCUGUUCGGGAUGGGGAACCCCCUGCUGGACAUCUCCGCCGUGGUGGAUAAGGACUUCCUGGAGAAGUAUGGAUUGAAGCCCAAUGACCAGAUAUUGGCUGAAGACAAACACAAAGCCAUGUUUGAGGAGAUUGUGAAGAAGUUUAAGGUGGAAUAUCAUGCAGGCGGCUCCACACAGAACACAGUAAAAGUAGCCCAGUGGAUGAUCCAGCGUCCCCAUAAGGUGGCCACCUUCUUCGGCUGUAUCGGCCAGGACAAGUUUGGGGAGAUCCUGAAGCAGAAGGCCGAGGAGGCCCACGUAGACGCCCACUACUACCAACAGGACGAGGAGCCCACGGGGACAUGUGCGGCCUGCAUCACUGGAGACAACAGGUCUCUGGUGGCUAACCUAGCGGCUGCUAACUGCUACAAGAAGGAUAAGCAUCUGGACCUGGAGGAGAACUGGAAACUGGUGGAGAAGGCCAAGGUCUACUAUAUAGCAGGAUUCUUCUUGACUGUGUCGCUGGAGUCCAUCCUGAAGGUGGCCAAGCACGCGUCUGAGAACAACAAGAUCUUCAGCCUGAACCUCUCGGCUCCCUUCAUCUGCCAGUUCUUCAAAGACAACCUCAUGCAGGUCAUGCCUUAUGUGGACAUCCUCUUUGGAAACGAGACGGAAGCUGCCAUGUUUGCACAAGAGCAAGAGAUGGAGACCAAGGACAUUGAGGAGAUUGUCAAGAAGGCCCAGAAUUUGCCCAAGGUCAACAAGAAGAGGCAGCGCGUCGUCGUCAUCACCCAGGGCAAAGAAGGCACAGUGAUGGCUAAAGGUGACAAGGUGCAGAUUUUCCCAGUGCUGGAGAUUGACCAGAGUAAGAUCGUCGACACUAACGGAGCCGGAGAUGCAUUUGUUGGAGGCUUCCUGUCUGAGCUGGUUCAGGAGAAGCCAGAGGAGGAGUGUAUCGCAGCAGGUCACUACGCCGCCAACGUCAUCAUCCGUCACGCCGGAUGCACCUUCCCUGAGAAGCCCGCCUACCCCUGAUCACAUGACUAGAUGCCACACCCCCCUAGGACACCUGGGACACAAGGAGACAAGAUGGCGGCACGACACACAGAAGCCUUCCACCCCCACCCCCACCCCACGCCACCCCACCCCCUCCUCCCACCAUGUAGACACAACUUUUAAACUUUUUAUUUGUUGUAUUUUAGUAAACGCCCCCCCCACCCACCUCUUUUUUUCCUCACCCGAAGUGUCCAUCUCCUCAUUUGCCUUCUCAAACCCCCACUCUCUCUCUCUUCGCACCCUUCUCCCCGUCCAGAAACGACAUUUAAACAUCAGAAAUACUUGUAAUUGUUUUAUUUUAGUUUUCCACUUAAGAAGACACACAUUUGCAAACGUGUUUACACCACGCCUCAUACAGUCAGACGGCCAGGAGACUUUUUCGUUAUCAAUUUGUUUUGUUUUUUUAAAUAAUUUUAUACAAAAUGUCAUUUUGAUUAAUUGUACCAAAACAAGCAGACAUACUGUUGUAGUCUGACUGAUGAAGACCAAUUAUGUGUGUGAUGGGCUUCGCUCAUGCUCCUCUCAGUGUGUGUAUGUGUAUGUGUGCGUGUGUGUGUACCGGUAAGCGCACUUUUAUCCCCUGAAAAGUGAUGCUGCAACUGAACAGUGUAAUGGUUAUGGACUGAUUGAGUCCCUGGUCAGGAGUUUAAUGGCUGAGAAUGAUGCUGUAACUGCAUAGGAGUAUCGAUGUGAAGCAAGUGCCGAUAGUGUAACACAGGAGUCAGGAGUGUUUGCAAAGCAGGUGUUUUAGAGUCAGUUGUGUAGUGGCAGCAGUAGGCUUUUAGGGACCCGAGUGACUGACUGACUGUCUGUGUCCUGCACUGUAAAAAUGAACAGUUCCUCCAAGAGUCUUCGUCAAGAGCUUGCCACUGUGAUUGGUUCUUCAGAGAACUGAACACACACACACACAUAUACAUACAUGUACACACACACACACACACACACACACACACACACACACACACACACACACACACACACACACACACACACACACACACACACAGUGGCAGACUGGCAAUCCUUUAAAGGUUCUUUAAGGAACUCUCAUGUUUACAGUGUGGGAGAAUGUCCUCAAACGUUUUCAGAGGAAGCUUGGGUCCUUCCUAGAACUCUUUUUGUCUCAUACUGUAGGUUCAACUCAGACAACAGUGGCAGCUCAAGAUGCUUUGAGGAACUUUUCAUUUUUACAGUCUGAUCUGGGGGUGUCUGAACGGAACCAUAUCACCUCCUCCAGAAUGAAUAAGGAAGUGUGUGUAUGUGUGUGCGUGUGUGUGCACGCAUGUGUGUGUGUUUGUAUCUGUGUAGACAUGCAGAUCCAUCUGUAUGCCUACAGAAUGUGUGCGUGUUGUCUUGGUGCUGUCCAUGCUGUUGUUCUUCACAUGCUUGCCUCUAAAACUGUCUGCAGUAAACAACUUGUCUGAUCA